AUGAUGGAACCAGGUGAAACCCCACAGUCUCUCAAAUCGGUGAAGCAUGUGAUACUCGUUCUCUCCGGAAAAGGAGGAGUGGGAAAAUCAUCAGUAACGACGCAAUUAGCCCUAAGUCUCUUAAAUAAAGGCUUCAAGGUUGGAGUACUAGAUAUAGAUUUAACAGGACCUUCGAUGCCGCGAAUGUUUGGCUUAGAGGAUAAGAAGUUAUAUCAGUCGUCGCAUAAUGGAUGGAUUCCGGCAUACUACGAUAAUACAAAGCAGUUGGCAGUGUCUUCUAUUGGAUUCCUAUUGAAUAAUAGAGGUAACUCUGUGGUUUGGAGAGGUCCAAAGAAGACAGGGAUGAUUCGCCAAUUUAUGCGUGAUAUGGACUGGGGUGACUUGGAUUACCUAUUGAUAGACACUCCUCCUGGAACGUCUGAUGAACAUAUUGCCAUAGCAGAAGAACUAAGAUACUGUAAGAACGUUGAUGGCUGUGUUAUAGUGACCACUCCACAGUUAGUUAGUGUGAACGAUGUUAAGAAGGAGAUCAACUUUUGUGGCAAGGUCAAUUUCAAGAUAUUGGGAAUUUUAGAGAACAUGUCUGGCUUCAUAUGUCCUUAUUGUUCUGAAUGUACCAAUAUAUUUGGAUCUGGAGGAGGUAAAAGGUUAGCUGAAGAGGUGGAUCUUCCAUAUUUGGGCAACGUACCAAUAGACCCUCAGUUUACCGACUUGAUCGAAAGACAGACUGAAUUGACAAAGGAAAAGGGACAGAAUUUGAUGCAAAUGUAUCAGGAUUGUGGGUUGAGUGCGGUGUUUGGAGGAAUAUUGAAAAAGGUGACGUCGUCUUCAGCUUGA